CACCCCCUGAAGCCAAAGUAUCAGACGGAACGAGGUGGGUGACAGGGGCAAAAGCAUAAAAAGCACAACUUUUCCAGAGGCUUUCGACGUCCAAGGAAACUGACGGCUUUACUCAAAGCGUUCCAAGGUGAUGGAUGUCGGACUGUACCUACGUCGGAUUCAGUUCCCUGGUAAACCAGAGGCCACGCUUGAAGAUUUACAAAAACUCAGUCGCCAGCAUCUCUUUACUGUUCCCUUUGAGAAUCUGACAAUCCAUUCAGGAGGAAGAAUUCACUUGAAUUUGGGUUGGGUUUAUCAUAAAAUUGUCAUUCAGCACAGGGGAGGGUUCUGCUAUGAGAACAAUAGCCUUUUUGGAUGGCUGUUGUCCCAGCUUGGAUUUAACAUCACCCACCUGGCUGCCCAGGUAAAGAACAACAUCACUAAAUACUUUGGACCUCCUUUUGGCCACCUCAUUACGAUGGUCAACCUUGGGGGACACCGGUGGCUGUGUGAUGUGGGCUUUGGGGCAUACUUCCAGUCUCCGCUCUCCUUAGAGACCGAAUCUAACCAGACUCAACCCAAUGGAGUUUACAGGGUUAAACAAGAAGGAGAGGUCUUGAUCAUUGAAAGAAUGCAGGAUGAAGAGUGCAAAGAUGCUGGUGGUCACAGCAUUGCAGCCAAUAAGGAGGACAUCAGUACAGUCCACAGCUGGAGCGAAUGGGAACAACUCUACAAGUUUACACUGACGCCACGAUCCGUAGAGGAAUUUUCUGAGAUGUGUGUCUAUCACCAGACCUCCCCCAGCUCACUCUUCUACUGCAAGUCCCUUUGUUGUCUUCACCUUCCCAAUGGAGUCCUUUCUUAUGUGGGCCGCAGGUUCACACAUGUGGUUUAUCCAAGUCCAGGGUGCAAAGUAGAGAAGGAGAAGCUUAAUGGCCUGUCAGAUGAAGAGAUUCGGAAACUGUUAAAGGAACGAUUUAAUAUAGUGCUACACUGUCCUCUCAUUCCAAAAGAUGAGCAAAUUAGCAUUUCAGUAGUGUUAAGAUCUGGGCUUUGAUUGCCAUUUUGCCAACCUUAUGGCAGGGUGCAGGAACGACAGAGAGCUGGAUCAAAAUUUGGGGUGCCAACCAAGUUGCCCCGUUUAAUACAAAUGAAAAAUAACCACACCCAGAGUUUCGAGCCAACUUUUAAUGGGACUAAUUUAAUUUAAUCUAGUAGUUCAUCCAUCUAACAAAUGACUCCUCCUUCCGGGAAUCUAACACUUUUAUGGAUGGGGGACCAAAAGGGGUGGAGUCAAGUGCCCUCACUGGGCACUCAAUGCUGCAGGGAGAGGAGAAGACAUUGUUAGCGGUAGUGCCCCCUAGGGCUGGGCUAUGUGACCUCAAGUUAGUACCGGGAUUAUUUGAGCAUUUUACCUCGAUUAUGAUUAAUGAACGAUUAUUUUGUUGUUUUUGUUUGUUUGUUUGUUUUGUGCCCAAGUAGCUCACAGAUGCGAUUUACACUGUAAAUAAGCCCAACUAUUAAAUCUGGGAUUUUUUUGUUUCUAAUGAAAGAGUGCAUAUUUUAUCCUUGUGAUUUUACAACAAUUGAAGGAAUCACACAGAGAUUAAGUAUUUAUAGUUAUUUUCUGAAUAUUUUGAAGAACCAAAAUCAAAGCACACAUUGCUUGAAAUGAAAUGUUUUAUGAAAAAGGUCACAUUGUAUUUUUAAUGUAAAAAGCGAAAUCCCUAAAAAAAGCUGAAAAUAAAUAGCCUGUAUUUCUUGCAAACAAAAUUAAAAUUAUUUUAA